AUGGGUAAUGUUGAUAGUGUUGAAGAAGCAUUUCUUCCAGAAUUAAAAAAAAUGAACCUUAUCCUUGAUAAAGGAUUUUAUAAAGUUUAUGAAAGUUCAGAGAAUAACAAAUACGAUUUCUGGUUUCUUAAAUCAAGCGAUAAUUCUUUUGAAGAAGAAUUAAAAAUAGCGGCAGAUAUUUAAAAAGAAAAUCUACCUGGAUUGGCUAAGAUAGAAAACAUUUAGUAAAAAUAAUUCGACAAAUUGUUUUAAAAGUAUUAUUGUUUGAACAUUUUAACAGAGCAUCCAUCUUAUAAUUUAAGAGAAUAUUUAUAAAAAAAAACAAAAGAUAAUUGUUUGACUCCAUAAUAAAUCACUGAUCUAACGAUAUCAAUUACAAAUGCAUAAUUUAAACUUGGAUCAAAGAAAUAGUUUCUAGGAUAUGAAAAUAUUUAUACAAGUGAUGGUGUUAUAUGGAAAAUAAAACCAUUUGUUGAAACUAAAUCAUUCUAUUAAGAACUAUAAGAAUAUUAAUCCAAAAAUUCUAAAUAGUUUGAAAUGUCGGGUUUCCCUUCACCAGAAGAAUUUCAAUAAGGUCAUUGUGAUCCAGAUAGAGUUUAAAUUUUUUCUUUUGGAAUGCUUAUAUUAGAAUUAAUCACAAGUAUUUUUAUCAAUAUCAAAUAGAAUAAAAAAGCAGAGAUAUUUAUUUAAAAUUUAAAAUCAAUGAAAAUCUCUUGGCAGAGAGAAUUAAUGUGCUUCGUCAAUAAAGCAUAUAUUAUAAGGGGAAAAUGAUUGACUCAGUUAUUGAAAUGUUAGAUUUAGAUUUAGUUAGAAGACCUAAUUAUUAGUAAUUAUAUGCUAAAUUAAAUAAAAAUUCACGCAUUAUAUCUCUUGUAAUAAAUCCAGAAAUAAAACCUAUAAAAAAUGAAAUUAAUUUAUUUUCUGAAAUUAAAUAAAAAGAAUCAGAAGUUCAUAUCAAAGAUGCUGUAUCUAAAAUUGAAUAAUCAUUCAAUAGUAAACUUCAUGAUCAUAAAUUAAAAUUAAGUAAAUCAAUUUGGAAUUCAAAAUUAAUUGAUGAAAAUCUCACUUAUUAUGGUGUUUUAGAGAAUAAAAAGUAUCAAGGACAGGGUAUUAAUAUUUCAUAAAAUAGGUAAACUAUUUACUAAGAAAAAUGAACUUCUCUAUGAGGGAUUUUUCAAUUAAGGAUAAUAUCAUGAGUUUGGUACUUUAAAUUAUUUUAACACUAUGGUUUUGGAAAAUUCAUUCCCAUAUCAAGAUCUCACAAAUAUAGAAAAAUAUGCUAAGUGGUAUGAAGGAUCUUUUUAAAAUGGAAAGUAUAAUAUCUAUAUAUAUAAAAGGAAACAUGGAGAAGGUAGAUUAACUUUAACAAAUCAAGAAUAUUUUAUUGGAUCUUUUGUGUAUGAUGUUAUUGAUGGAUAUGGUUCAUUUAUUACAAAAGAUUCAAAAAAGAUUAUUGGAAUUUGGAAGAAUGGCAAGUUUGUAUCUAAUCCUGAAAAUGUAUAAUCCUUUUAAAACUAAGAAAUUAAUAAACCAUAUGAGGGUUUAAGCAAAAUUAAUACUGAGAGAAGCUAAUAAUUACAAUCUUAAUCUUUAGAUCAUAUUGAAACUGCGACUCGAAAUGUUUUAUCAGAUAUUAAUUAAGAAUCUGAAUAAAGAUUAUAUUAUGAUGAUUAAAAAACUAAAAUUAAAUAUUAGGGAGAAAUUCUUUAAGGCAAGAAAAAUGGAGAAGGCAAACUAUAUUUUGAAAAUGGGAAACUCUAAUUUGAAGGAAAAUUUUUAUAAGAUUAAUUUCAUGCUGGUACUUUAUAUAAUGAGCAUCCUGUUAUUCAUCAUUAAAUUAAUUAUUCAUUAUUGAGAGAAGUUCAGGAAAAAGGAUAUUGGAAAUAUUAUGUAGGAUAAUUUUUAGAUGGAAAGUAUGAUAUUUAAUUAUUAUUUAGAAAAAAUGGAUAAGGAUAAUGGUACUUAACAGACAAUAGUGAAUUCUUUGGCUUAUUUGAAAAUGAUCUUCCUCAUGGAGAAGGAAUGCUAAAAAGAAUAAAUUGUGAUGAAUUAAGUGCGAAUUGGGAAUAAGGUGUAUUAUUAAAAUUAAUAAAAGGAAAAUUAUGA